CGAGUCUCAGCAGAAAGCUUCUUCGACUCACCGAGUUGUUUGCCGCAAAGUCUUCGGCGACGGUCCCAGUUUCUCUCUCUCUCGUCAAUCGCAGGGACUAUCUGCAGCCAUCGGCUACUCUGGCUGCAAGGCAUCAUACUCUGUUAAAUUCAUGAUUCCAAUUGUUGUGCGCCAUGAAAAUCAUUCCUGGACAUUGAACCGCAACGAGAAAUGGACAGGACACGGAUAGCCAAGGUUGAAAAUGUGACCUUAGCGCGACGAGGUGAACAUGUUGCUGGCACUCUCCAUCUUACGCCUCACCAUCUUAUCUUUUCACACAUCCCUCCUCCAUCGGACAAUGCGCCAGCCCAGGGCGCGACUAUUAGACCUAGGGAGCUCUGGAUAACCUAUCCGAUUAUCUCGUUCUGCACCUUCCGCCCGGUCCCUGCAUCGUCACGCCAGCUGUCUUCGAUUCGUCUGCGAUGCCGCGAUUUCACAUUUGUAUGCUUUUAUUUCGCGAACGAGAGUAAGGCUCGCGAUGUCUUCGAAAGUAUCAAACAGUGGACGUGCAGGAUUGGCCGGGUUGAUAGACUCUACGCUUUCACAUACCAACCUCCGUCUCCGGAGCGAGCAUUGAAUGGUUGGGAGUUAUAUGACCCGCUCAAAGAAUGGGCUCGUCUGGGUGUGGAACAAAACGGGCAUGGCUGGCGAAUAUCUCGGAUAAAUAUGGACUAUGGGUUUUCUCCAACCUAUCCUGCUCUCCUACCAGUCCCUUCCACCAUAUCCGAUAAUACGCUCAACUAUGCAGGACGGUACCGCUCACGAGCAAGAGUUCCCGUUUUGACAUAUCUUCAUCCGGUGAAUAAUUGCUCAAUCACGAGGAGCUCUCAACCGCUGGUGGGUGUGCGUCAGAAUCGAAGCAUCCAGGAUGAGAAACUGCUGGCAGCGAUAUUCUCAACAUCCCGUGCAGAUCGACCGCUGGCUGGUGUUACGCCUCCACGCAGGGAGGGUACGCUACCGCGUCUAGGGGGAAAAGAAGGUUCGCAGACCGAUCAAGCAGAAUCUGACGGUUCGAACAUUGAGGAGGUGGAAGAUGACAUGUUGGAUACCGCCCAAAUCGACGCCGAGGAAGUGCCAGUUGUCUACGGUGCCCAGCAACACAACUUGAUCGUUGACGCACGUCCUACCGUGAAUGCCUUCGCAAUGCAGGCUGUCGGACUGGGCUCCGAAAACAUGGACCACUACAAGUUCGCGACAAAGGCGUAUUUAGGAAUAGACAAUAUUCACGUCAUGAGGGAUUCGCUGAACAAAGUGAUUGACGCGCUGAAAGACUCAGACCUCAUGCCCUUGGGACCUAACCGGGACCAGCUUGCGAAAAGCGGAUGGCUGAAGCACAUAUCUGCUAUUCUGGACGGUGCUGGCUUGAUAGCUCGCCAAGUUGGCCUCCAACAUUCACAUGUUCUGAUCCAUUGUUCAGACGGAUGGGAUCGUACUAGCCAACUGAGCGCAUUGAGCCAGUUGUGCCUCGACCCUUACUACCGGACGCUAGAAGGCUAUAUGGUACUCGUUGAGAAGGAUUGGCUUUCUUUCGGACACAUGUUCCGUCAUAGAGCUGGUCUCUUGAACAGUGAGAAGUGGUUUCAGGUAGAGCAUGAGCGAAUCGGAGGCGAUCCUAAUCGUCCAUUUGGUGAUGGCGGCGGGGCAGGAAAGGCUAUUGAGAAUGCAUUUCUCAGCGCGAAGGGCUUCUUUAAUCGAGAGAAUACCAGUCGCGAUUCUCUUGCAGAGUCCGACAUGGAUGCACAGAACUACGAUUCUGACACUACAGGUUCGAGAAAACCGAGCACCGUGUCGAGGACCGUGGUUUCAGAAAAGGAAGUAACAAAGGUCAAAGAAACCAGUCCGGUCUUCCAUCAAUUCCUCGAUGCCACAUACCAGCUGUUGUACCAGUAUCCGACGCGCUUUGAGUUCAAUGAACGCUUCCUACGCCGACUUCUCUAUCAUCUUUAUUCAUGUCAAUACGGUACGUUCCUCUAUAACAGUGAGAGAGAACGGAUGGAAAUGAAAGCCAAGGAGCGAACCCGGAGCGUGUGGGAUUACUUCCUUGCCAGGCGGGAUCAGUUUAUCAAUCCCCAAUAUGACCCUGAAGUGGAUGACAGUACGCGGGGCAAGGAGAGGCUCAUCUUCCCACGGCUCAACGAAGUCAGAUGGUGGAGCGAGCUAUUUGGCCGAAGCGACGCGGAGAUGAAUGGGCCCCGUCCGUUUGGGACAUCUGCAGGCCGUGACAGCCCUGCAAGACGAACGCCCGUUCUUACGGGAAUUGAAACUGCACAUCAUUCUACUGGCAGUGGAACGCCGGGAAAAUCCAUACCUAACGCUGCCUCGGCCGGCAUGGCCGCUGUGACUACGGGAAUCUCGAACAUGGCCUUUCCCAAAAGCAAGGAGAAUACCGAACAGGCACGGAGGCUAAGCGAGAUGGAAGUUGAGAUGCAGUAAAUGCAGUAGACUGUGGCUGGGGCGUAACUUUUCACGAUUUAUGUACACGAAAUGAAUGAGAGGCGUCUUCUUGUCUGUAUAGACUUAUAAGGUAUC